AUGCCGCCGAAACUCCGCGCUUCGUGCGACGCAUGCCAUUCUGCAAAGAUCAAAUGCAUAAAAACGGACAUCGGCUGUCAACGGUGUGACAACUCGGCGGGAGAGCUCGCCUGCAAGUACAGUCCGGUUGUGCCGCGUAUCUACCACAAGAAGAGUAAUCGCAAUCACGUGGAAGAAUCUCAGAUCUCGCGGCCAUCACCAUCUAGCGAGUCUUCGUUGUCACACGACCUAUAUGGCACACAGGCUGCCUUUAACCAAGACAUAUAUCCAGCAGCAAUAGUUCCGCCGUGUGCUUUUGAUCAGCAAGUUUACAGCAUUGGUGCAAAUGCUGAGCCGAACCCAUUCUUCUGGCAGUAUCUACCGCAGGGCUCAGUAGGAGUGCCUCAAAAUCCGAAUCCGUGGCCCAGCAGCAUCAAUGGUACAUCUACCACGACUAACACACCAAACUUGACAGACGCUGCUACUCCCGCUACCGCAGCUUCUACAAAUUCCGUGCUGCCUCCCACCAACCAGCCCCGAGCUAGCAAUACGCAAAACCUCCGGCACUAUCACUCAGCCGCUCCUUCCACGUACUCCCCGGAGAGUGUGCUGGCAAGAACACCAUGCAACUGCUUCACUCAGCUUUUCGAAGCUAUGCAACGUAUGAACGCUCACGCGGCUAGUUGCAGCCCCAAACUCGACGUCGUCCUCUGUGCCAAUCGAACAGCGGCGGAAAAUUGCCUCACAAGUCUGCAGUGCUCAAAUCCUUUCAGACCGGUUUCCCACGACAGCGUAAGUAGUUGUGCAACCAUCGCGUGCGGCUUACUCGACCGCAUUUUGGCCUCAUAUCAAGCUGCGUUGGAGAUCUUCUGUGCGAGCUUAGAUUGCGAAAGGACAAAGGGGUCGGAGGAGCAUGGUGACGAGAGAAUUGGAGAGCAUGAGGACGACGAAGACGAGAGGACGACCGCACACACAACGACUGUACAAUUAAGGUUCGGAACGUUUGCUUUGGAGAGAAGCGAACAGGUUCUUUGGGCGAGGAAGAUUGUAGCGAGGGAGGCUGGAAGGAUCCAGGAGACGUUGGAGGGAUUCGAAGUCGAGGGCCAGGGCGUUCGGAGCGUCCUCCGGACUCAUCUGUUGGAGAGGUGUAAAAGUGUGAUUGAGAGAGUCUCCGGCAGCUGA